GACAUGAUCACUAUAUCUGGUCAUUCCUACUCCUCAGUCAUUCCUCCGUGUAACAAUCUUUGGCAUCCUUCCGAACCCAAACCAUCGUUCGAUACCACGCGGUGUUGCACAGCCUGGUAGCCUCGGGAUUAUACAGCAUGUCUCAGUCAAUUGUGGGGUUCUCUGAUCCGUUAUUGACGGAUCAAGACCUCUUCACACAAGCUCAACUAGACCAGCUCUUCAACACAGUUGGUUAUGAUCAGACCGCAUACACUGAGGCGUUCCCCGAAGCUGCAGGAGACUUUGGCCUUCAACAAUACUAUACACCACCAGAUUCUGUAGCUGCUACUUCAGCUCCGACUCCUGAGUUCUCCGACUUCAACUUUGGACAGUCCUCCACCGGAUACCCAACGCCAGACCCAAACACUCCACAUCCGUAUCCUGUCGAGCAGCAACAAUGUCUAGAUGCCAUUCAAGACGUCAGCCUGACUUUUCGUCAUCGCCCACAGCCUGUCCGUUCCCAUAUAAACACUUCGUAUCUCCAACCCUCCCACCCAGCACCUGGGAACACGCGCCGCCGCUCUCUCAGCCAAGGUGUGAUCGACUACACGGCUGCCUCGAGCACCCAUUCCCUAAACCCAAUACUCAUGCGUCUUCAAAUCCCAAGAGCGCGCUCAGGAAGCCCUGGGCAUGCCCACAAGCGCCGCGCUGGGCGCCACAGUCGAAGUACUUCACAAGACACAACUAGCAGGGGUCAUCACUCCAGCGAAGACAUUCCAACCAGCGUGCCGUAUAACAUCAAUGGUAUGGUACCCACGCGUAUCGGCGAUCCAAUUUCGCCGGACAGUCCGCGCUACCAUCGUCCUGCGGCGCAGCGGCAGUGGCCGGCGCACGAUGGAUAUGCGGGUGACAUUAUGUUCAGACACAUGCCGCCGGAGCAGAUGGAGCGGAGCAGGAAGAUUAUUGAGAUCGGGGCAAUUACUGUCAAGAAGCAUGUCGAUCCAGCGCUGGAGCGGGGUGAUGCUGCGAUAAUGAAGAAGAUCGGGGAGGUGGAGCGGUAUCUGAAGGCUGAAUGUGGAGAGUGUGAUGGAGCCUUGAGGGGCUGUGCGACUAUUCGUGGGGCUUUGGCGAGGAAAGACGGCGGUUGGUUUGUCCAGCAGGGGGCGAAUGCAUCUCGAGACACACUUGAUGCUCCCAGCAACAUCGUGUCUGACUUGGAUGAUGAUAUCUUUGCUGAUGGCGGCGGCGAGACGGAUGGGGUUGCCCUCAUGGAUAUGCUCAUGCAGGAGCAUGCAACUGCUUUCUCGGAUAGGGACAUUUAAGCAGCCCAAGUGGACAUCAACGAAGCGCACACACAGGUACGCGGGGCUUAUUUAUGACGCACUGCGGCAUACAAACACAUUGGAAGACGGGAACAGGG